ACGCGCCAUCCACCCACCACCUAGGCAGGUGCCAGGCUAGCUCAACGUUCCAGCGACAUCGCCAUCUCCUUCCCUUUUUGGCUGGAUUUCAUAUUCUCCCUUGAGCUCGGUUGAACUCUGCUGCCGCCAUCACCUCGACAUCAAGUGACGUCUGGCACGCCUUUCCCGCGUUCGCCUUCAGCUUCGCCGACGUGUGCGUAACGACAAUGGGCGCGAGAUGAGCAACGAGAAAGCGACGACUGCUGCAGCAACAAGAAUGUCACUCUGAGAGUGGACGGCAGGCAUCGACAGAAACAGGCGUAUUCAUCGCAAUGGAGACAAAGGAAAAAGCGGUUGCUCCAGCAGCAUCGGAAGCCUCGGCGCCGGCCGCAUCAAUCCUUAUGUCGCCACCACUCGAAGACUGGGACAAGGAUGGUGAUUUCGACUUCAGCGAGAAUGACGAGGAAAUUGGCGAGCGAUCAUCGUCCCUCCUCGGGCGAUCAGUGGGUCUCCUCGACGACGAACGUGCACCAGCGUCGUCUUCUCUGGCGAGGGGCGAAGAGGGGGGCUUCAAUUGGGAUGCAGACUUCGGCGACGAAAACGUAGAUGGGGAUGUAGACGAGGAUCAGGUCGAGACCAUCAAGCUCUCCUCGGUGGCAGGAUCCACCUUGGCUCAGCUUGCUCAGCUUUCGGCUGCGAAACGGAAUGCAAGUACAGAAAGUCCGAAUGCUGACGGACUUGCAGAGUUCGCCGGGACAGUCACGCAGCUGGGUCGUUCGAAUUUUACUAACAGCAAGUUGGCCCCGAGGGUCGAUAUGGAGGGAGGAGGAGACUGGGACGAAGACCUUGAGAUCCCGGACGUCUUUCCCAAUCGACUGCUUCGUCGACCUGCUAGCUUUGCAAGCGAUAUUGAGACGGGCACGCCAAGCCUCGGCUCGACGAUAGGCUCGGUGAGCGAAGGCACCAGCCAGGGCACCCAUUCAGAUUCGCUGGGCUUGACGGAUCCAGAGGGGAUGCCGAGCUCACAUGCUGGUCCCUCCACACCCUCGAAGAAAGGAGCUUAUUCCUCCUCGACGUCUUCAAACGCCUCCUCACUCAUGUCGCCUCCUCGAACCGGUCACUUUCCCGUGUCCAUAACGUCGAAGUCACCCGGACGCCCCGACUGGGAGGGUCAAGGAGGCGAUGAAGCAGACUUUGUCCUGGCCCCCGAGGUUCAGCGUUUGUCGCUCAGCCCUGCCAUGAUUAAGAAGCCGACGGAUAGAGGGUUGGAUCAGCAACAGAGGAUAUUGUGGGACAGUGGGGACGAAGCAAAGAGUCUCGCUGUAAACCGCCGCAUAGGAGCCAGCAGUCCGUCGGCCAGCGGGGCGAGUACUGAUGCGGAGGAAGGGGCGCUUGAAGGCGAGGAUAUGCUAGACGGCCUCGAAUUCCCAGACCACAUUUUUGGAGAAAGCGAUCGCGGCAAGGGAAAGACGGCAGAAACAGCGUUGGCGGUGUCGGCGAGGCUUGAGGCUCUUCUCGAUGCUCGGAGAGGGAAAGGGUUCGUUCAGACUCAAGGCAGGCAUCUCAAGCCAGACACCUCGGACCAUGAUAUUGCUGCAGGCCUUGUCAUUACCGAUGAUAUGGAUCUAUCGCCCAGCCGUCUCAAAGCCAAGAGCCUCCGGUACAAGCUGCGCCAACAAGCUCGCCAAACAUCUCCACAAUCUGCGCCCUCGCCCUCGAUCCCUACGGCUCCUCGAGCGAUGCUGAAGGGUAUGGGUCGCCCGACGCCACCAAGAGCGCCUUCUGCAUAUAGCCAUGGCGGCGGGCAAGCGCAAGGUACUUCUGCCCGGGCUAUGAAAAGUCACGAGGAGACACGAGCCAAUUCUGCCGCGAGGCGCCCAAUCAGUCCGGCCAUCGAGAGGAAGGCUCCAGUAUCGACGAAUGUGGGCCGUAGCGUUAGCACUGUGCAGGAGCGAAGUUCGCCUGCACCGAGAGGGGCGAAGCCCUCGCCACCAUCGGUUCGCUCCUCCAUGCCCGUGCGCGCGCCAUCGCGGGCAGACUCCAUUGAUGGCUCGUCCAGCGCCCCGGCGCGUCCAUCAACGCCGAGCUCUUUCCAGCAAGAGGGAGCGGGGGCAAAACGUCGAGCUCCUGCGGGCCAUUCGAGCGUCAAGCGUUACACUAUGCCCACUAAUGCCUCUCGAGCGAAGCAAAGUUUGACGGAUAGCCCCACCAUCUCCUCGCUUGGAGAUUUAUCAGUGCAGCCUAUGGCUACUCCAAAGCUGAUGCGGCUUCCAAAAAGAGCACGUCCCUACGGCGAUGGACGAGAGCUUGAUUCAUUCGAUGAUCUUCCCACGACAAACAUCGACCGGUCUUACGGAUCUUCAUCCAGUCGAUCGACGGGAGCGGCCACCAGUACCCAGGCCCCUGGGCAGAAACAUCUUCAGUCACCCUUUGCGGGCGCGAGCCCGACAGCAGCGUCUGGCCGCAAGCAAAAUACGACACCGUCGGACGGCACAGCUUCGACAGCAAACACUCAUACCCGUCCAGGGCGCAACAGACGAAGCUCUCGAAAGAAGCAGAAGCAGCCAUAUCUGAUUCGCAACUUGGCCGGCGCUAGCAUGGGACCUCGCAUUGUAGGCGAUAUGCGAUGGAACCCUAGCCGGCAGCAAUGGGAGGGAAAUGAACGCGAGAUGAAAGACUUUGACAAUGCGCUCCAGUCCAGCGCGAGACCCGCUCUCAUCACGCAGCUGUCGCCACUCUCUGCAAGUACUAUCAUGCAGGGCACCAUCACGCAAUCAUUGUGGUCUGGGCAGCCGGAUCAGCAGACCCCACAACGGCCCAUGACGCUGGAAACGAGACUGCUGUCGAAAAGCAGCCCACAAUCGGCCGAUGGACAAAGUCCAGGUGGGGUGCGAAUUGUGGGCGACAUGGUCUUUGAUCCCAUCAAGCUCAAGUGGACACACAAGAGCGGGAUUGAGGAGCCAGAUCCCUUUGCGGAAGAAGAAGAAGAAGAAGAAGAAGAAGAGAGCAAAGGCGUCGCAGAGACGGCGGGGUAUAAGGCUUUGGAAGAUGAUCGGCUCGAGACAGGUUCGAACGACGACGACGCACCAUUCCCGAGAGAGUCUUCUUUCCCAAAGGAGACUGCGUCCAAUUGGGCGAGAAGGACGAGGAGCACAGAACAGCUCGGCAGGACCCGAGGAAGCGAAAGGUUGUCAGAGGCACCCGCCUCAUCGCAAAUCGGCAGGGUCACGUCGGCAACGAUUCCGCCCGCUACUUCGUCCGCUUCGCCACCAAGAAAGUCAUCCAAGUGGCAGAGUCUGACGGAUCAGACAUAUCGGCUCUUCGGCGAAGCUCUCUCAUCCGAUGCAGGUGAUGUCAAGGACAAGAAAGAGGAAUUCCCUGGUCCGUUGAAGACGCGCGGCGUAUCGGACAAGCUGUGGAAAGAGUGCAUUGCAGCGGAGGAGCGACAUCGGGCGGAGAUGCAUGGGUUUUUGCCGCCUGUGGCCCAGUCAUCUGCAUCGUCAGGCUCAGCAGGUGGCGGCAGAGGCGGCAGAGGGGAACGUGGUAGCGGUCGUGGGGCUGCUGCCAAAGGCAUGGGCGGUGCGGGAGGCACAAGAACCAAGAAUGGCUCGCUAUAUCUGCUACAGAGGAUGGCCAGACAGGCUGGCCGUUGAACAAUUUUCUGUAUUGAUCCUGGAUUCUCCUCUUUUUCACCCAGUCAGACUGGCUCUUCUUCUUAACUUCAAGACCUUGACCCUCACUCCCCAUCAAAAGUUCACUGUAACGACUCGAGACGACCACUUAACGACAUUUGAGCAUCACAAUCGCAUGGGCCUUUUCACUUUUCCUGCCAUUGGAUCAAGUGGCCGCUGUUUAUAUUAUACAACAGUGCAUGAGAGCAUUCAUCGAGGU